AUGAAUAAUUUGAAGUGCUGGAAAUCCUGGCUCGAAGAUGCAUUUUUACUAUGCACACCUGACGAUCCUGAGUGCUUGAAGUAUCACUAUAUGACAAAAACCGAGAAAGAUGAGCCUCAGCUCACAGUAGAGCAAGAAAUUGCAGAGAUGAACAAACAAAUCUACGAGAGUGAGGGGUUUGAUAUUGAUUACUCCAUGUUCCGCUGCCUAUUCAACUACCAUCUUGUUGAUCCGGAUGAUCAUGAUUUUCUUAAAGAGCCAGAAAACGACGGUGAUUUAAUGAAGAGGGUUUCUCAAGAAUCUCUUAAGCGCUACAAUCAAGAAAAGGAGACGGCAUUUGAAUUUGUGGAGGUUGAGAAAGCCAAUUAUCACUUUUGUUGUGGGUUUAUGUUUCUCAUCACGUUUUACGUGUUGGAUCCGUUUGAUCACCAGAGAAAAACCUUCCAAGCUAGGAUCUUUUACUCUUCUAUUUACCCGACUGAAUACGUCUUUUGUAGGCCGAAACCUGAUCCAAACGUUCACUCUGAUGAAAGCUCGGAGGAAGAUGUGGAAAAAGGAUGGACAUGA